AUGGUCUGGAGCUGGGCCUCGCUGCCCCUGCUGCUCCUGACAACUUGGAGCUCGGGUCAUGGUGAGCAGGCCUUCAAAUGCUACACCUGUGAGAAGCCGGUGUCGAUUUUCUCAUGCAAGAGUGUUGUUUACUGCAAGCCAAAAGACACAGCCUGCAAGACCACCCUGAUAACCGUGGAGUCAGAAUACCCCUUCAAUGGGAAGCCCGUUGUGACCGGCUCUUGCUCCACCUCAUGUGAGGCCACAGACCCCGACAGCAUCGGUGCCGCCCAGCCUGUCUUCUGUUGUUUCCACGACUUGUGUAAUGCUGCUGGAGCGAUCCCGCGCGACACCUGGUCACGCUGGACAGCAGGCCGGGGGUCGCGCUCCCUUCCUGACAAGGCCUCAGAUGGCCCCCUGCCACUCCCAGAACUUUCAGACAAUGAAGAGGAAAGGCAUCUCAAACUAGAUCCCAAGAUUUCAGAGCAGGGAACAUUCACCCUCAGUCUCCCCUCAGACCCUGGGGGGCUGGGAAGCAUGUCCUUCCAGGGUUUGGUUCUGGACCUGCCUAAGGGGUUCUCGGGUGUUGGUGAGGUGGUGUGUCUGUGGCUACAUGUCCACGACCUCGCUCUACCCAACAAGGGCCCCACUGCUUCCUCAUUCAAGACAGCUGGCAAGAGAAGCCUGCCUGAAGUGGAGGAGGCAGUGCUGGUGGGCCGCCCACUCCAGGGGUGCUGGCCUCCUCACAUCCUUCCCCCUAACCUGCCCAGGCCUCCAGUUACCACCCUGGACUUGUCCUCCUCACUAUCCCCAAUUAGGUCAGAAGCCCCUGCCAGGACCCCAUGA